AUGAGCUUCGCCAUCGAAGUGCCCGGAGAGGCGAACCCGUUGAACUUCGAGUCUCUGUGCCGCACCUUGGCCGCCGCCACCUCCCAUGAUCACGCACGUCGGCAAGCCGCGGGCAAGCAGCUCACUGCUUGGGAGCAUCAGCCGGGCUACUACUCUUCGUUGCAGGAUGUCUACCUCGACAGGGCCCUCCCGACAGACGUGCGCUUCCUCGCCGUCAUCCAGCUCAAGAAUGGCAUCGACAAGUACUGGAGGGUCCUCAACCAGCCCAGGCAAGUCCUCAAGAUGGACGAGAAAUUCCGCAUUCGCGAGCGGCUGUUUCAAGGCACCAUCGACGAGCCCGACAAGAGCUUGGCGCUGCACAAUGCGCUUGUCGUGGGCAAGGUAGUCAGGCUCGAGUUUCCCGCGACUUGGCCCGAUGCCAUCUCCAGCAUGAUCGAAAUGCUGCGUUCACACAAGGACGGCAAUCAGCAGCAUCUGUCCGGCGCGCUCCAAAUACUUUUGCGGGUUACCAAAGAGCUCAUCACGGCGCGUUUGAAACGCGUCCAGGAGUCCUUUUACCGCGCGACGCCCGAGCUUCUAUUCGUCCUCUGUGAAAUCUAUUCGGCGAAGUCGACUCUUUGGACCGACUUUCUAUCCAGCGGCCAAGGAAACGAAGCUGAAGCCAACCUGGCCAUGCGCAACUCUCUCCUGUCCAUCAAGAUACUCCGACGACUUCUCGUCACCGUCUACGAUGCAUCUUCUGACGACAAUACUGUCGGGCAAUUUUGGGCCUCAUCACAGUCUCAGUUCGGUCAGCUUCUGGCCUUUGCCAACCAGGACUCGGCGUACUCGGCCCAGUAUCACGACAUUAUUGGCAAGCACCUCAUCCAGCUCACCAAGCUUCACGUCAACAUGGCUCAGAUGCAGCCUGUCAGCUUCUCUACCCUCCCAAACUCACUGUCCCUCGUCCACGCCUACUGGGACCUGGUAUCCAAGUUCGCCGGCGUCUUUGACGAAUCCGGUGGGAUCCGACAAGGCUCCGGCGACUCGGGCACCGCGAAGGCAAAGGUCGAGGGCCCUCUGCUAGAGAGGCUGGCACUGCGGGGUCUCCUUCUCCUGCGUGCCUGCGUCAGGAUUGCUUUUCAAGGCGUACAGACGUUCAAGUAUCAAACGAGUGCAUUCAAGGCCCGCCAGGAACAGGCCAAGGUCACCGUCAAGACGGAACUCUUCAAGGAUGAUUUCGUCAUCCAAAUGGUCAACUGCAUCAUCACCCAUCUCUUCGUGUUUCGCAGGGCGGACCUUGAGGCUUGGGAAGAAGACCCGGAGGACUGGGAGCAGCAAGAACAGAGCGAGGGCAACGCGUACGAGUGGGAGGUGCGCCCGUGUGCAGAGAAGCUGUUUCUCGACUUGCUCACAAACUUCAAGUCCCUCCUCAUCCCGCCUCUUCUGGCGUACUUCCAGACUGCGCAGGACGCACAGGCCGAAAUCGCCACCAAGGAGGCCGUGUACACGGCCAUGGGACUGUCAGCUGCCCACGUCUUCACUGUCUUUGACUUUGAUGCCGUGUUGGCGUCGACAAUUGUGCACGAUGCGCAGCAGCAGGGACGCCUCUACAAGGUGCUGCGACGGAGAAUUGCGAUUCUCAUCAGCCAAUGGGCUCCCGUCAAGAUGACUGAUGCCGGGCGGCCUCUCGCGUACCAAAUCUUUCAGCAUUUCCUGAACCCAAACGACCAGACGAACGACUUGGUGGUGAGGAUCACGGCUGCCAGGCAGCUCAGAUGGAUCGUAGAUGAGCUUGGCUUUCAGAUUGAGCCUUUCUUGCCUUAUACCUCGGAUAUACUGGCGCAGCUGAUUCAGCUGAUCCAAAGUAUCGACGUCGACGAAACCAAGUUGGCCAUUCUCGAGUCGGUCCGGAUCUUGGUCACGCGUAUGGAGGAUCAGGGAGCACAGUUCGGCGACCAGCUCAUGUCUGCUCUACCUGGGGUGUGGCAGAGUUCCGGGGCUGAGGACUACAUGAUUAAACAGGCCGUCAUCGCCAUCUUCGCCGCCCUCGUCAUGAGCAUGGGAAGUGACGCCCAGCGAUACCAAGGCUUCAUGGUUCCAUUGUUGGCUGAGGCGGCCAGGCCCGGGUCUGACCUCCACCUCCCCCUUAUCGACGAGUCGCUCGAGCUGUGGAACGCAAUCCUGAUGCAGAGCAACGCUCCUCUCGGUCCAGAGGUCAUAGAGCUGGCGGGCUUGGCGCUUCCGCUGCUUGAAUACGCAACCGAGACGGCAUCCCAGGCGUUGAGCGUCAUCGAGUCCUACAUACUCAUGGCCCCGGAAGCGAUGCUGGAGGACAAGCUGCGAAGCUCAACCCUUUCGGCGCUGUCAGGCACCAUGGACGCGAAAAGCCGAGAUCAGGUACGAGUCGGCACGGCCUGCGUGGAAUACCUCAUCCGAGCCGCAGCUGAGCUCGGGGGCGCAAGCGGAGUCUCGGUCGUCAUCCAGGACAUGCUUGCGACGGGGUUCUUGAACAAGAUAUUGUCCAGCUUGCAGGAUUCUUGGGACUCACGCCAGACUACCGGGCCAAACAGAAAGGUUAGUAGACUUAACAUCAUCACAGAAAGUGACUAUUUUGCCAUUUUGGCUCGCCUGGCCCUGGCCGAGCCGAGCCUCUUUGUGCAGAUGCUCUCCACGGUCGGUAAACUGGAGCAAGUCUGGGCCUGGCUCUCUUCGGAAUGGUUCGGACAUCUCUUCUCCUUGGACAAGGUUGAACGACAGAAACUAUACCUGCUGGGACUCACGCGACUGCUCGAGCUUCCAUCACCGAUGCACGAGCUCGUUCUGGGGAAGCUCCAGGACUACUUGGCCAUGUGGAACACGGUCAUUAGGGAUCUCCAAGACGGGGAGGCGAAUGGGACGGAUACGCUCCUCAGGCGCGAGCCCGAGGACACGGAAUAUGAUACCCCAAAGACUGUGAGGGCGAGGCAGAUGCAGGACGAGGACCCGGUGUACUCUGUCCGCGUUUUUGGCUUCGUGGCUCCCAGGCUGCAGGAGCUGGUGACGCGAGUGGGAGGCGAGGCGGCCUUUGAGGAGCACUGGGCCGUGAACGUGGACUCGGAAGUGCUGAUGGGCUUUAGGGCCAUUGCCCGCUCAGCCCAAUACUAG